GACAGGACUGGGGAGGUGAGGGGAUUUGUGGGUGUCUCAGUGACGUCAUUUAUAUCUAUAGUAAUAAUACAGGGACAUGACUGGGGAAGUGAGGGGACCUGGUAGUGUCACAGUGACAUCACUUAUAUCUAUAAUAAUAAUUCAGGGACAUAACUGGGGAGGUGAGGGGAUCUAGGAGCAUCACUGUGACAUCACUUAUCUCUAUAGUAAUAAUACAGGGACAUGAUUGGGGAGGUGAGGGGAUCUGGGAGUAUUUACAGUGAUAUUGAUGUCCCCAUUUAGCAGGAUUACACCAUAGUGAAGAAGACAUCUGGUGAGCAUGAGACCCCCAGCAGCCAUCCUCGUGUUGCAGGUGGACUAAGCAGGACCUAGAGUCCCAUCACAGUGCCUCCACCUCACUCACUGAUACAUAAGAGACACAAUGACCAGAAGAUCCUGGAACUCACCAACAAAAUUUUUCAGCUGCUGACUGGAGAGGAGGGGGAGUAUAUAGAGGAACACAGGGGUCUGUACAAGGACGUGAUGAUGGAGAAUCACCGGCCCCUCACAUCACUGGGAAAGAGGAGACUGUCAUGUAUUGUACAGGGGAGAGCAGAUGGGUCCAGUAACAGAGAUACCCCAGAGAGAUGUUCCCGUCCUCUGUAUUCCCAGGACUGUACAGAGGAGAAUCACAGGAUCCCACAGGAGGAUCAGGUAGAACGUCUGUCUGAUUUUAAAACAGAAUAUAUAGAGGGAGAAGAAGAGACGUAUGUGACUGAUAUAAGGGCAGAAGAUAUAGAGGGAGAAGAAAAGACAUAUGUGACUGAUAUGAAGGCAGAAGAUAUAGAGGGAGAAGAAAAGACGUAUGUGACUGAUAUAAGGGCAGAAGAUACAGAGGGAGAAGAAGUGACGUAUGUGACUGAUAUAAAGAUAGAAGGAGAAGAAGAGACGUAUGUGACUAAUAUAAAUGCAGAAGAUAUAGAGGGAGAAGAAGAGACGUAUGUGACUGAUAUAAAGGCAGAAGAUAUAGAGGGAGAAGAAGAGACGUAUGUGACUGAUAUAAAGGCAGAAGAUAUAGAGGGAGAAGAAGAGACGUAUGUGACUGACAUAAAGGCAGAAGAUAUAGAGGGAGAAGAAGAUAUGUAUGUGGCUGAUAUAAAGGCAGAAGAUAUAGAGGGAGAAGAAGAGACGUAUGUGACUGAUAUAAAGGCAGAAGAUAUAGAGGGAGAAGAAGAGACGUAUGUGGCUGAUAUAAAGGCAGAAGAUAUAUUGGGAGAAGAAGAGACGUAUGUGACUAAUAUAAAAGCAAAAGAUACAGAGAGAGAAGAAGAGACAUAUGUGACUGAUAUAAAGGCAGAAGAUACAGAGGCAGAAGAAGAGACGUAUGUGAUUGAAAUGAAGGCAGAAGAUAUAGAGGGAGAAGAAGAGAUGUAUGUGAGGGGUGAUCAGCAGUGUAAGGAGGAGGAGAUCCCUACAGAUAUCAGCACAUGUGAGUAAUAAACACUUAUUAUAGAAAAAAGUCACAUAUUCUCCUUUCUCAGUCACUACAGCAAUCUC